CACUCCAACGAUAAAAAAGACCCGCGACGCUUUCGUCGUUGAGCUUCACGCGAUUCUGGUCUGCUUGAUGAAGUCGCUAACGGAAUAACGUCCACACGCGCGAGGUCUUGUUUUGGACUGCUGCACGAUGCAAAGGAACCAGUAACUUUCGCACACGCUGUUCAUUCACCAUCUAAACAAAGCAACGUUAAUUAGAUUGCAAUGUGCGCGUGAGGAGGAGGAGGAGGAGGACACUCGUGAGAGCGCGAGGUCUUGAGGUGGAUAACUUCACAUUAAUAAAGUGUUAGAGCUCACUGCGGUCUGGAAGCUCUUCGAGCCGUAGCUAUGGUGAACAGCCAGGUCGCAGGCGGCGCGUGCGUGUCCAGAUCGUGCGCGGGCUGUGGGGGUCGAAUCGCUGACCGUUUCCUGCUCUUCUCCAUGGAGCGCUACUGGCACACGCGCUGCCUCAAGUGCUCGUGCUGUCAGGCUCAGCUGGGAGAGAUCGGAUCCACCUGCUACAGCAAAGGAGGCAUGAUCCUCUGCAGAACAGACUACAUCAGGUUGUUUGGGCACACAGGGGCUUGCAGCGCAUGCGGUCAGUCCAUUCCCGCCAGUGAAAUGGUCAUGCGGGCACAGGGCAACGUCUACCACCUCAAGUGCUUCUCCUGUGCGACGUGCAGAAACCAGUUGGUCCCCGGUGACCGAUUCCACUAUGUAAACGGCACCAUAUUUUGCGAACACGACCGGCCAGGAGCUGCACUCCUCAAUACUCACCUGCAGAGCAACCCAGUCUUGCCUGACCAGAAAGUUUGCUGAAGGGCUCCCCGUCGUCUUCGCCCCUUCCUCUCUCUAUUUACCCUCAUCACUGCCAUCCCCCAGACACUGAUCCUUUGAAGCACUUACAGUUUUAAAGCCUAAAUUUACAGACUUAAGAGUUUCUUUGAGAUGGAGAACGAGUUUGGGAUGAGAGCGAUGGAAACAUUUGUGUAUCUGACAUCAUAUCAAACUGUGGUGGAUUCUGCAGUAUCUCUCAUGGUGAUGUUGUGGCUUUCUUGCCCCCUCACCCCCUGAAAACAGAAGUAACACGUCUAUUUUCUCACAGGAUAUCCUGUUUGUCUCACAUCUAACCUCACAGAGAAGGCUUCAUCUGACAGCAAUGUACACUUUAAAGUCAACAUGAAACUGCAUUCACAACCUAUUUUUCUUGCAUGUGUCUGAUCUAAACAGGAUAUUCAUUAAGAACAAAUGUAGGGCAGGACUUUAGAAAAUAAAGAAAUGCUAUUACAAUCAAAAAUGGAGAAUAAAAAUGAGCUGAAAAGAUAAGUUAUUUCAGAUGCAAUGUAAAAGUUAGUACAUUUUGUUUGACGCUUUUCUUUCCCCUUUGAGAUUAAAUUAGUUUUCACAUGACAUCACACCCUUAUUAGGAACGCCCACCUGGAGGGUCAAAAAUAAGGCUUUCCUCCAUUGUCCACCAAUUAUUUUUACCAGGUACUAACGAUAUUAAAAGGCCAAAUUCAGUAAACAUCUUAAUAGCUAUGUUUCCAUUCACGUAUUUUUAUGUGCAUUUUGGGAUAUCAUAUAAAGCACAAAUUGGCAAGAUGCACAUAAAUUCUAAAAAUGUGCAUUAAAAAAAACAUAUGCGCUCAUUUGAGUCGGUAAAUAAAGGGUAAAUAGGGUAAAUAAAGCACAAAUUGGCAAGAUGCGCAUAAAUUCUAAAAAUGUGCAUUAAAAAAAACAUAUGCGCUCAUUUGAGUUGGUUACUUUUUUUUUUAUUUAUUUUUUUUUUUUAUCCAAUAAGAAACAUGCGCAUAAACUACGAUGGAAUCACAUUAACCGAAUAAAUUCCUCAAUGCACAUCAAAAAAAGUCAUGUGACUUUGCGAAGGGAUAGCAUAACGACACUAACCAGCAGAUGAUCGCGUCGCACAGCAUUUGAAAUGUUUUGGUCGUUAUGAAAUGCUUGAGCCAGUCUGUCGUCAAAGUGGUUUGGUAUAAUUACCUCCCAGAACUAGCUGGGAGCUAGUUUCCAUUACCCUUCAAAUUGCAAGAUUGAAAAUACGCCCAAUGGAAACACGUCAAUUUCGCAAGAACUCGCAUAUCGCAAAAAAGUUUUUACGCUCGCAUGAGGUGGUUUUUCAGGCAAUUUGAAAAAGGAAUAUUUCACAAAACUGUAAUGGAAAGAGUUUUUUCACAUUUAGAGGUCACGUGGUGUACGUAAAAGUCGAUCAUUCUUUAAAGAAGGCGCGGUAUGUUUGGACAGAAGAUGAGAAGUUGUUAAUUAAACUCAUAAAAGAUAAGAAUUAUGGGAAUACUGGAUUCUAAACAACAAAAAUGCCACAAUUUAUCAAGACCUCUAAGCUGAUAGGAGGGAGAAAUAACCAGAAACACCUUGCCAUUAAUGCUUGGUUAACACAGCUAUGAUUUAAAAAUAAUGGCUUAGUGCAGUGGCUGCGAUUAUACUUAAACCUACUAACAUCUGUUGCCAUGAUUUUUGGAAUGACUUAUUGCGAGAGGAAAAAAUUACAUUUUAGUCGCAUAACAUCAGUUUAAUGUUAAAGCUGUCGCAAUAGUUUUUUUAAUCACAUUUAGAAAACAUUUUGCUCAGAUCUGUAAUGGAAACCCGGCUAGUGGUGAUUUUGUUCUCUUCCACUCACUGGAUGGAAACGCUGCUUUAUUCACAAAUGUUUUAUGAGUAAUUCCAAUUUUGCGCAUAAGAUAAAUUCACAACUUUGGGUGGAAACGUAGCUAUUGAUGAUGUUCACCAGUGGUCGGCAAUAGGCAGCCCGCGGGCCAAAAGUGGCCCGCCAGCAAUAAUAUCUGCCCCGCGCCCACAGCCAGAUUAUUUUAAUAGUGGCCGGUUCUGAAAUGGAUCUUCGUCUCGUGGUGCAGUCUAAUAUUAUCAACGUGUCUACACCAGACACGCCGCAACAGCUAAAAGCUGUCUACACUGAACGUGACAAACCGACCGUUGCAAAGCACUUGGACUACGUCAGAAAUAUAACGGGGAAUCCGUUUACUGUCGGGAAUGUGUUGUCGCGCCGCAUCCAGUGUAGACGAUAUCAUUAUAAUGGGUUCUAUUAUCUUUUGUAGCGUCGCGUCGCACCGCUCGCGUCCGGUGUCGGUGUUGUAUUCUUUGAAAAAAGCGACAACUUUGUUGCAGAUAAGACACACCGGCUUUGCAUUCACAAAACUAGGUAGGAUAAACGCAUAGUUGUCUUUCCAUUCUUCUUUGUAUGCCCUAUUUUCGCUGACAACUUUUCUUCUUUAGACUCUUUGAUAGAGUCAUUUUCUCUCACCAGCUAGCUUAAAUGUUAACAUCACUCUGCACACGAUGUAUUAGCGUACCUCCAGCAACAAUAAAAAAAAGUUUAGUACGUGAGGAUGCCAAGGAAUAAUUCUGAGUGUAAAAGUAGGCUAUGUCAAAUAAUUAUUACAAUAAGUUAGGAUCCAUUGUGUAACAAGCAAAUUAAAAUGUUACACAUUUAUUAUUUACAAUAUGGAAAGAGGAAAUAAAACAUAGUUCGUUAAGAGCAUGACUCCAACAUUAAUGGGCUUAUUUAAGUUAUUUUUAUCCAUUCCGCAUCUCCCACAUAUGUGUGUGUUUUAGCAAGGAGGUCUGUGUUACAAGAUGGUGAAUGAAGAUACUUGCCAGGUUACAUGUCACUACUCUGCUUUAUUAAUUUAUCCAGUGUAAAACCCAGACACCGCCACACAAAUGUGGCUUUUUGUUAAUGACUGUCCUACUACAGGAUUUAACACAGAGUAACAGCUCAAUACCAGUUAAAAGACACUGUAACAGUUUUUCACAGGCAAUUCUAGUUGCACUUUUCAAUGAGUUUCUUAAAUUAUCCUUUGACUAUGUUCUGACCCGCCAUCUAGUGGCCAAACUUAAUUGCCGACCCCUGAUGUACACUAUGUGCAGGCGAGCAGAUGAACCCAGAAUAUAAACGCAACAGUUUCUCAUUAAGCGUUUUUCCUUGGAAAACCAUUAUAAAAAAAACAUUUAACCAUUUAGUGGGUUGUGUUCAUAUUCUGGGCUCAUCUGCUCACCUGUAUAUAGUGUGCAUCAUUAAUAAGCUGAAUACUGAAUUUGAUCUUUUAAUAUCACUGUUUUUUAAGGCACUUUAAGUGUUGAGUUUUAUAACGUCCUGCUGUUUUUAGUGAUUGAAAUACUGCAGCAGGUGCUGGAUAUGGAUCACAAGUGCCCAAAACUUGCAUUUUGUUCACAUAUCAUUGUUUUUCUUCUUUUGAGAUGGAAAACUGACAGGCCUGUGCUGCGGUUCUGUGGAUGUUUUGCCCUACAGGUCUCCUCGUCAGUCACAUGACUGAAAAAUAUAAAUAGUGCACAGAGGUUACUUUGAAACCAAGCUACUUUCUGUUGGUGAAGGUGGCGAAUUUGCACAGAUUGCUAUUGAAAUGACUGGAUUUUGCAGAGCAACAAUAAAUGUGUCUGCAACUUGACACCUAAAAAGAGCAUUAAGAAAGUAAAUUGGGUCAGUUGAUUUCAUGUUGACAUCAAAAACAGAAAAUAUUCGCACAUCUUUUGGACAUCGUUCAGGGUGUAGAAUUGUAAAUAAUGUUUUUAUACCAGUACUAUCUGUAACGGCUGAAUUAUCUGCUCAACAUGUGAUGUCUAUUUAAGGUGUAAUUAUCUAAUAAAUGGGAACAAAACCCAGCCGCCAAGAA